AUGGCUCCCGCGACAAGACGAAAUAACAGCUCCCUCCCGGCGGGGUACGUCGAGGACAAGUCCAAGGGGCCCAUGCUCCGCUUCCAGGACUCGCUCCCUCGCCUGCCAGUUCCCACACUAGAGGAGACGGCUGCGCGGUAUCUCAAGACCCUCCGGCCGCUGCUCACACCCUCCGAGCUUGAGGCCAGCACCAAGGCGGUACAGGACUUCAUCGCCCCCAACGGCCCUGGCCGGAAGCUGCAGGAAAAGCUGGUCGCCAGGCGCGAGGACCCCAAGAUCAAGAACUGGAUGUACGAGUGGUGGAACGAUGCGGCCUACCUCAGCUACCGCGACCCCGUGGUGCCCUACGUCAGCUACUUCUACUCGCAUCGGGACGAUCGGAGGCGGCGGGACCCCGCCAAGCGCGCUGCCGCCAUAACGACGGCCGUGCUCGAGUUCAAGAAGCAGGUUGACCUGGGCACCCUCGAGCCCGAGUACAUGAAGAAGCUGCCCAUCUGCAUGGACAGCUACAAGUGGAUGUUCAACGCCUGCCGCGUGCCUGCCAAGCCCGCCGACUACCCAGUCAAGUUCGACUACACCGAGAACAAGCACCUCCUCGUCAUCCGCAAGAACCAGUUCUUCAAGGUCGCCCAUGAAGUCGGCGGCAAGCAGCUCAACACCUCCGAGCUGGAGCAGUCCUUCCGCCGGGUGUACGAGCUGGCCGGUGAACGGGUCCCUGCUGUCGGCGCCCUGACCUCAGAGAACCGCGAUAUCUGGACGGAUGCGCGGGCGGUCCUGCUCGCCGCCGACCCGGCCAACGCCAAGGCCAUCGAGGCCAUCGAGUCCGCCUCUUUCGUUGUCUGCCUGGACGACGCCAAACCCGUCACCCUCGAGGAGCGGGCGCACGCCUACUGGCACGGCGACGGCCAGAACCGGUGGUAUGACAAGCCGCUGCAGUUCAUCGUCAACGAGAACGGCACGUCGGGCUUCAUGGGGGAGCACAGCAUGAUGGACGGAACUCCCACUCACCGACUUAACGACUACGUCAACGACCUCAUUUUCAACAACAAGCUCGAUUUCUCCGACCUCAACAUUCGCUCCAAUCUCCCCGAGCCCCAGCCCAUCAAGUUCGUCGUCACAAAGGAGGUGCAGGCCGAGAUUGACCGCGCCGUGCGCGACUUCAACAACGUCAUCGGGCAGCACCAGCUCGCCGUGCAGGCCUACCAGGGCUAUGGCAAGGGUCUCAUCAAGAAGUUCAAGUGCUCGCCGGAUGCCUACGUGCAAAUGAUCAUCCAGCUCGCCUACUUCAGAAUGUACGGCAAGAACCGCCCGACGUACGAAUCCGCCGCGACCCGGCGCUUCCAGCAGGGGCGCACCGAGACGUGCCGCACCGUGUCCGAGGACAGCGUGGCGUGGUGCCGGUCCAUGGCGGACGAGGGCGUCGACAAUGCGGCGCGCGUUGCCCUCUUCCGCAAGGCCAUCGACGCCCAUCUUGAGUACAUCAACGCCGCCUCGGAUGGCAAGGGCGUCGACCGCCACCUGUUUGGCCUCAAGCGCCUGCUCGAGCCGGGCCAGGAGCUGCCCGCGCUCUACAAGGACCCGGCCUAUGCCUACUCGUCCUCGUGGUACCUGUCCACCAGCCAGCUGAGCUCCGAGUACUUUAACGGGUACGGCUGGAGCCAGGUUAUUGACGAGGGGUUCGGCAUUGCGUACAUGAUCAAUGAGAACAGCAUCAACUUCAACAUCGUCUCCAAGGGCCUCGGCAGCGACAAGAUGAGUUUCUACCUCAACGAGGCAGCCGGCGACAUGCGUGACAUGCUGAUGCCGACGCUUGAGGCGCCCAAGGCUAAGCUUUGA